UUAAAAAUAAAUGAAAAUUUAACAAGAAAGGUGGUUGACGUUGGAAGAAUGCAACCCCAGUCUCCUCCUCUUUGUCCCAAAUUUUAAUUUUUUAGAAGAUUUUUCUCAAAUUCCCUGAAUCUAUUCCAUCUUUUUUUAAGGGUUUGUUUUUUAAUGGAUUUAAUUGUUUUAAGGUGUUGAGGGUUAAUGUCAUGUUGAGGAGAAGAUUUGAGUUGUGAUUUGGUGGAGGUGUUUAUCCCAAAUGAGCAAUCCGCAGGAGUAUCUCUAUCUCACCAAUCUUCCAGCUUCUCCUCGUCCAGUGGGAAGGUUGGAAAAUCUAUUGAAUCGACCUGUUUCUUCAGCUCCAUUAAACCGGCUAGAGUAUCUCUUGAGUCAACAGGGCAAUAAAUUUUGUGCUGAUUGUGGUUCUCCAGAUCCAAAAUGGGUGUCAUUGAGUAUUGGAGUAUUUAUUUGUAUCAAGUGUUCUGGAGUUCACAGAAGUCUCGGAGUGCAUAUAUCAAAGGUACUAUCUGUGAAGUUAGAUGAAUGGACGAAUGAACAGAUUGAGAUAUUGAUUAACCAUGGUGGAAAUGCUGUAGUGAAUGCAAAAUACGAAGCAUUUAUACCUGAAAAUAUUAAAAAACCAAAACCAGAUUCUCCUGCAGAUGAGCGAUCUGAUUUCAUCAGGAGAAAGUACGAGCUUCAACAAUUUCUGAACCCUAAUUCACAGAUAGCACCAGGAACAUCUUGUAAUUUGAGCUUAGGCUCUCAUAGCAAUGGUUCAGGCAGUAAACAAUAUGAAAAACAACAUACCGGCCUCCGUCAUGGGCUUGGUCAAGCAUUUAGGAAUAGCUGGAGAAGAAAGGAGUCAGAACAGAAGGCAGCCAAGAAAACGAUGGGCAUGGUAGAAUUUGUAGGAUUGAUCAAGGUAAAUAUUGUGCGAGGCACCAACCUGGCCGUUAGGGAUGUGAUGACAAGUGACCCGUAUGUCAUCCUAUCAUUGGGGCACCAAUCAAUGAAAACUAGAGUUAUAAAGAGCAACUUAAAUCCUGUGUGGAAUGAAAGGUUAAUGUUGUCUAUUCCUGAUCCCAUCCCACCUCUAAAGUUGCUAGUGUAUGAUAAGGAUACAUUCUCAACAGACGAUCACAUGGGUGAGGCAGAAAUCGACAUCCAGCCAUUGGUAUCAGCAGCUAAAGCAUAUGAAAACUCGACAAUCUCUGAGUCUAUGCAGUUAGGGAAAUGGCUAGCUAGUGACGACAACACUUUAGUCAAAGACAGUGUGAUCUACCUAAUGGACGGCAAAGUGAAGCAAGAUAUCACCCUCAGGCUGAAAAAAGUUGAGCGGGGUCAUUUGGAGAUUGAACUGGAAUGUGUUCCCCUCAGUCAAUAAUAAUGACCAAGGGCAAAAACUAUGGAAAGACAAACAGUCAGUAUAGUAUCGUAUUAAUACAAACUAUGGGGCUUGAUUUCCCCGAAGAUUGUUAGCUUUCGGCCACCAUGAGCUGUGUUAUAUGCUGUAUUUUGUGCCAACCUUUUAAAAAUUAACACUUUGGAAAGAAAAGUUUGUAUAGAAGGUCUUUGUGUAAAUUCUAAGACACCCCAGCUCGAAUGAUAUCAAGUUGAAAAUAUAUUUGAUUGUUAGAUGUGAAA